CUUGGAAAUUCUAGGGACAAUUAGGAGGCCUGCGUCUUGUGACCGUAGAGUACGUGUAGACUGGGCUCCUGUAAAGAGGAGAUAAAGUCCCCCAGUAGGACAGUCCCCUCCUCGCAGUCGCCGUCUGACUUCCUGGACAAGCUCAUGGGGAAAAGGUCUGGCUAUGACGCUCGCAUCAGACCCAACUUCAAAGGUCCGCCUGUGAAUGUCACCUGCAAUAUCUUCAUCAACAGCUUUGGGUCCAUCACAGAAACGACUAUGGACUACAGGCUCAAUGUGUUCCUACGGCAAAAAUGGAACGAUCCCCGAUUGGCUUACCAGGAGUACCCGGACAAUUCCUUGGACCUGGAUCCCUCCAUGUUGGACUCCAUCUGGAAGCCUGACCUGUUCUUCGCUAACGAGAAGGGGGCUAACUUUCAUGAGGUCACCACUGACAACAAACUGCUGCGGAUAUUCCAAGAUGGGAGCGUACUAUAUAGCAUCAGGCUGACUCUCAUCCUGUCCUGCCCUAUGGACUUAAAGAAUUUCCCCAUGGAUAUUCAGACCUGUACCAUGCAGCUUGAAAGCUUUGGGUAUACCAUGAAUGAUCUGAUCUUCGAGUGGUUGGCAGAGAACCCGGUGCAGGUGGCUGAUGAUCUGACACUCCCUCAGUUCGUGCUGAAAGAUGAGCAGGAUCUGGGCUACUGUACCAAGCACUACAACACAGGUAAAUUCACCUGCAUCGAGGUUAAGUUCCACCUGGAGAGACAGAUGGGCUACUACCUGAUCCAGAUGUACAUCCCCAGCCUGCUCAUCGUCAUCCUGUCCUGGGUCUCCUUCUGGAUCAACAUGGAUGCUGCCCCGGCUAGAGUGGGCCUGGGCAUCACCACCGUGCUCACCAUGACCACCCAGAGCUCUGGGUCCCGGGCCUCUUUACCCAAGGUGUCCUACGUGAAGGCCAUUGACAUCUGGAUGGCCGUGUGCUUGCUGUUCGUGUUCGCUGCGCUGCUCGAGUAUGCAGCAGUCAACUUUGUCUCGCGGCAACACAAGGAGUUUAUCAGGCUGAGGAAGAAGCGACGGCGGCAAAGAAUAGACAUGGCCUUGUCCAAUCAACCGCCGAGUGUAGAGUCAGAGAGGAAAGUGAACGACCUGCCUGGCAACAACACCAUCAGCACCAGCUACCACGGAAACCUGAAUCAGCACUGCAGGGCCUAUGCCAGGGAAGAGGAACUGGUGAGAGACAGCCGUGGGUUUUACUUCCGUGGCUACGGACUGGGUCACUGCCUGCAAACCAAGGAUGGAACGGCGGUGGAAGGGGCCACAAUCUUCGCCCCACCGGUGUCCACCAUGUAUGAUGGAGAGGUGGUCCGCAAGCGCUUUGUGGACCGGGCCAAGCGCAUCGACACGAUAUCCCGUGCAGUCUUCCCUCUGAGCUUCCUCUUCUUCAACAUUUUCUACUGGAUUACCUACAAAGUGCUGCGACAUGAGGACAUCCACGCAAAUUUGUAAUACGCUCUCUGCUCUAUUCCCAACGACCUCUAAUUGUUACAUGCUACUUUUUUUUCAUUGUUUUUUUUUCAACCAAAACUGCCUAUCAGAUAUACAUUAAAAGUGUUUCAGGGGCAUAUGCUUCGCAACAGUUGCCAUUGAUGCUAAAAACUCUGUGCUCAGGUGCGUCUUCAGGAUUUCAGAGAGAGAGAGAGAGAGAAAGUGUGUAUGAAAAGAAAGUGAAGAUGUGAAUUUAAACUGGUGUUAGAGUGCUAUUUGUUAUUGCAUUCUCUUUUAUCUUAGUCAUCUUGUUUUGACUGGAUUACAGCGGAAACAUAAUAAUGCUAGUCUUUGAACUUCUGCCUGAACUCUGAACUAUGGCUAAAGGCAGAUACCACAAGGGAAUAUUAGUCAUGGCUGGAUGGAUACUACUGACUUGAAUUUUACCAAUCAACGCAUCUUUGAAUGAAUGUAAAAAAAGAAGGAAAAAAGGUUUUUU